AUGCGGUUGCCCUCAUGGCUUUCCUUGUUGCUUUUGGCCGGGUCAGUCAGCGCUGCUUCGCGCGACUACGAAAAGAAUGACUACUUCGCUAUUCAUCUCGAUGCAAAAUAUGUCCCUCAGGAGGUGGCUCGUCGGUUAGGUGCUCAAUAUGAAGGACAAGUUGGGGAAUUACCACAUCACUAUACCUUCUCUUGCCCGAAAAACUCUUGUCAGGACCUUGAGGACUCUCUGCAAGAACUAAAAAGGCGAAAGAAGCGAAAACGAUGUGGUUUGGACCCGAGAGACGCGCAAUUCUCCAAAAGAGAGAUCAAUGUCGAUCUGGAGGGCGUUUUGUGGUCUGACAAGCAACGGCUACGGCAUCGCCAUGUCAAGAGGAUUCCUCCACCACCUUUUUCGGUUUCUCGUGCAGGGCAGGGUGCAGACGACGCGAAGUCUGAUCAAGAGACGGACCAAGCUCAGCAAGAAGCCCUACAACGUCUCAACUCCAUCGCCGAAGCUCUGGAGAUCAAGGACCCCAUUUUUAAAGAGCAAUGGCAUUUGUUUAAUCCCUUGCAGUUGGGACAGGACUUGAAUGUGACUGGCGUAUGGCUGGACGGCGUCACUGGCAACGGGACCAUCUCCGCUGUCAUUGACGAUGGUCUUGACAUGCACAGCAAUGAUCUCAAAGCCAACUAUUAUGCAGAGGGCUCUUACGACUUCAACGAUAAUUCUCCCGAACCCAAGCCUCGGCUGUUUGACGACAAACAUGGUACUCGAUGUGCCGGUGAGAUUGCCGCAGUUAGAAACAAUGUUUGUGGGGUCGGGAUGGCUUACGACAGCAAGAUCGCGGGCAUCAGAAUUUUGUCCAAGCCGAUCAGCGAUGAGGACGAGGCGACGGCAAUCAACUACCACUACCAAGAGAACCAAAUCUACUCUUGUUCCUGGGGUCCACCGGAUGAUGGUGCCACUAUGGAAGCUCCUGGCAUUCUAAUUCAACGAGCCAUGGUCAAUGGUGUGCAGAGCGGCCGGGAUGGAUUGGGAUCUGUCUUUGUCUUUGCUGCGGGCAAUGGGGCUGCCAGUGAGGACAAUUGUAACUUUGACGGAUAUACCAACAGUAUCUACAGUAUCACGGUCGGCGGAAUUGACAGAGCUGGCAAUCAUCCAUACUACUCGGAAGCUUGCUCCGCACAACUUGUGGUGACUUAUAGCUCCGGUCAUCAGGAUGCUAUCCACACAACCGACGUCGGCGCCAACAAGUGCUACAAUGGCCACGGAGGCACCUCUGCUGCCGGACCACUCGUGGUUGGCGCUGUUGCCCUCGUGCUGAGCGUCAGACCCGACCUUACUUGGCGAGACUUGCAGUACCUGUGUGUUGAAACAGCCAUUCCCAUACACCUGGAUGAUGGCAGUUGGCAGAACACGACCAUUGGUAAAAAGUUCAGUCAUACGUAUGGGUAUGGAAAGAUUGACGCCUAUCGAUUUGUGGAGGCUGCGAAAACGUUCGAAUCCAGGAAGCCCCAAGCCUGGUUCCAUUCACCCUGGCUCAGCGUUCAGCACAAAAUUCCAGAAGGCGAUCAGGGACUGGCUGCCACCUUUGAGGUUACCGAAGGGAUGCUUAAGAACGCCAACUUGGAAAGACUCGAACAUGUCACUGUCACCAUGAAUGUGGAACAUACUAGAAGGGGAGAUCUGAGUGCCGACCUGAUCAGUCCAGACGGGUUAGUUAGUCACCUCGCCACCAGUCGUCGUCCAGAUGGUGCUACUCAAGGUUACGAUGACUGGACAUUCAUGUCCGUAGUUCAUUGGGGCGAGUCUGGAAUAGGUAACUGGACGGUCAUUGUGAAAGACACCAAGGAAAACGAAUUCAAUGGCACCUUCAUUGACUGGCGCCUCAAUCUUUGGGGUGAAUCAAUUAAUCCCCAAAUUCAGGGCCUCCACCCUCUUCCCGAUGAGCACGAUGAUGACCAUGAAACUGCUACUGCCGCAGUCAGCACGACCAGUAUCGAAGCAGAAAGCGAACCCACUUCACUUCCGGCAACACCUACAGAUCAUAUUGAUCGACCUACGAAGCCGAAGCCAAGCGACGCAACAGGCUCGAUUGCUAUUGUUACGACCACUACCACAGUAUCGGUGCCGGCCGCAACAACCACAAUGGUGGCUGAGCCGACGCAUACCUAUUCAGAGAGCUUUCUUCCCUCAUUCUUCCCUACCUUUGGCGUUUCGAAGCGAACGCAAAUCUGGAUCUAUGGUUCAAUAGGACUAAUCAUCGUCUUUUGCGCUGGUCUCGGAAUAUACUUUUUAGCCCAGCGACGGAAGAGACUGAGGAACAAUCCACGUGAUGCGUAUGAGUUUGAAAUGGUUGGCAACGCAGAUGAUGACGAGCAGCAAGGCUUGAACUCUCGAGGAGCACGCGGUAAGGGUAGAGCUCGGCGUGGAGGGGAGCUUUAUGAUGCAUUCGCGGGCGAGAGUGACGAUGAUCUCUACAGCGACGAAGAAAUAUAUCAGGAUACCCCUAGCAAUGACACUGGAACAGGAUCCAGGUCUGGGAGUUCCGAAGGGCGGGAAACAUAA